CUGGGGCGAGAUUCGGUUGUAUCCGAGCUACGGUACCGAAUCCUCUCCUUCCCGCUCUCUUAGGAACCGGCUUAAUGGUUCGACGGCUAGUGAUGACGUCACGUGCUCAGGCGGGAAUUUGUCAAUAUUCUGAGGGCUUCACAAGCAAACAGUGCUUGAACAAGGGCAGAACCUGAACUGGUUCAGUGGAGAUCCGAAGCCGGUAUCGCAGAGAUGAGCUGGGAUCACCUGCAGCUCAAACCGCAGAUCAUCUCCGCCGUACAGAGAGCUCAGCUGAAGUCUGUUAGGGAGAUUCUGUGCGUGUCUGGGCCGGACCUCCAGAAAAGGACCGGUUUGUCCAGAUCUGAUGUUCAGGAGCUGCUCCAUGCUGCUGCCACUGCCUCGAGGACUCAUCAGCCAGUCACGGCUCUUCAGCUCCAGCGAGGAGAAUGUCACAGGUUAGAAUCAGGCCUCCGACUCGGUACGGGCUGCCCAGUUCUGGACCAGCUGCUGAGGGGCGGUCUGCCAGUGGGGGGCGUCACUGAGCUGUCAGGAGAGAGCGGAGCAGGGAAGACCCAGCUUGGACUCCAGCUGUGCCUGUCAGUGCAAUAUCCAGUAGAGCAUAGAGGCCUGAGCUCAGGAGCGUUGUACGUCUGCACUGAGGAUCCAUUUCCCAUCAAGCGCCUGCAGCAGUUGAUCUCAGAACAAUCUGUCCUGCGCUCUGAUGUCCCUCGAUCCCUGAUCAGUGGCCUCCAGUUCAGUGACCACAUCUAUAUUGAACACACAGCCAACCUGGACUCUCUGCAGGUGUGUCUGUUGCGCCGUGCACCCCUCCUGUUGGCUCGGGGUCUGGUCCGGCUCAUCGUGAUUGACUCAGUGGCGGCUCUUUUCAGGUGUGAGUUCCAGCCAGAUGAUUGGCUAGAGAGAAACAAACAGCUGCUCACCUUUUCCUCCAUGUUGCACAACCUCAGCCAGGAGUUCACUACACCCAUACUCUGCAUCAACCAGGUCACAGAUGUUUUCAACCAAUCAGCCAACAGUUUGAGCUCUCCGUCCUCCUCAGUGUGUCCUGCGCUGGGUUUGGCCUGGGCCAAUCAGGUCAUGGUUCGACUGAUGAUGCGACGUCUCCAAGGGAAGGUUUUCCUCGGCGACCAAAGCAGCGCCCUGCGCAGGUUGGAGGUGGUGUUUGCUCCUCACCUGGCCCGCAACAGUCGAGACAUCGGUGUUUGGAGGGAGGGGCUUCGUGCUGUUCUGGACCCUGACUGACUGUAGACCGUUUUAGGGAGUCCAUUCAGACCAACACAGAUUAGAGCGGUGAACUUUG